CGACUAAUAGAAUCAAUUUCACACGCUAAAUACAGGGACUUGGCAGGUGCUGGAGCUGAAUAAACUUGAUAAAUAACUUUAUGACGCGAUAGCACAACGAGUCAGUUUCCUCCCUACUUAUUUAUCUGUCGACGUUUUGCUGCAAGGGCAAGGGUCGUCAAUCAUGAUUCAAUCAUGAAGAAAUUCAUUCGAAGUUAUGUAUAACCCGCUCCAUUCGGAAAGGAGCGUCCCCAAAAUAUGUAUCCUUCUAUUUUUUCAUAACUCCAGCAACUCUCUUAUCAACAGAAUGGCACAGUCUGCUGUUGUGUUUAACCCAGCAUACGGGGAAACGGCUCCGCUACUGGCUCUCGAGUCCGACUAUGAGCCGCUCUUCGAAGAUAUAGAAGAAAGAGCGAAAGUAGAGAGGAGUCUCCUUAAGAAACUUGAUCGGCGAAUGUACCUGUUGGGUGUUAUCUACAUCUUGAAUUAUAUUGACAGACAAAAUAUUGCUGUGGCCAGAUUGCGCGGAUUUGAGGAAGACCUUAAGCUCGAGGGCGCGCAAUAUGCCUCAUGUCUCGCUAUAGUAUACGUCGGAUAUUUACUUACUCAGGUGCCGUCGAAUAUGUACCUUGAGCACAUCGGGAGGCCGUCGAUAUACCUAUCGUCUUGCAUGAUAUUGUGGGGUUUUAUAUCCAUGUUGACAGGCGCAGCGCGAGGAUUUUAUGAUGCUCUUAUUGCGAGGUUCUGUCUGGGAUUCGUAGAAGCAGCUUUCUUUCCUGGAGCCCUUUUACUUAUCUCAAAGUGGUACAAGAGAGACGAGAUCGGCCAAAGGACCGCCUACCUAGCCAAUGGACUUUUGAUAGCGAACGCCGCUGGCUCACUAUUGGCCUCUGGAAUUCUUGGAAUCAUGGAUAAUGCGUACGGGAUCGCCGCAUGGCGAUGGCUCUUCUUCGUCGAAGGAGCACUCACUAUCUCCGUUGCAAUAUGCGCAAUGUAUAUACUUCCAGAUUUUCCCAAGACAUCCUCUGGCUGGCUUUCUUCCGCCGAACAGAGUCUCGCCAUCCGUCGAAUUCAAGAAGAGUAUACAGUGGAUGACAGCCCCGAACACCCGUUCAAUGGGCUUUUAUUGGCGUUAUCGGAUAGAAAAGUUUGGUCGCUAGCGAUGAUCCUCGGCUUGCAUACUUUUUCUUCCUCGUUUCAUAUCUACUUUCCAACUCUUGUACAAACGAUCGGUUAUGAUCCCAUUGCUACUUUGCUAAUUAGUACUCCCCCUUGGUUGACCGCUAUCGUUGCAGUGAUCAUUAUAUCCAGGCAUUCCGACAAGAAGUCUGAACGUUGUUGGCAUAUAACAUAUUCCAUGGGUGUCGCUCUCAUUGGUUAUCUUAUCGCUAUAUCAACUAUGAAUCCAGUUGUGCGAUAUAUCUCCUUCUUCCUAAUGACACAAAUCCAUGCGGGAUACGUUUGCUUCAUGGCAUGGGCCAGUACUUCAGUGUCCGAUCCACCUAGCAAACGUGCUUCGGCGUUGGCUUUGAUCAACACCGGGGGCAUUCUUGCGAGUAUCUUUGUGCCCUAUGCAUGGCCUUCUUCUUGGGGGCCGGACUACUCGAAAUCUUUUGGCAUCUGUAUCUUUGCUAAUAUUCUCACUAUCACUGCCUGCUGUGUCUUCCGAGGUCACCUAGCAAGUUUGAAUGCUCUUACUACACCUAGAGUCCUACUUGGGAAGCAGUAUCAGUACCAGUUGUGAUUCAAAUUUUAUUCUACUACAUAAUGUAACUGUAGAAGCACUAGACAUAUAUACAUGAAAGGACCACCUGGCCAUAGUGUGUAUGUCUCAAACCUGUUCUCACGGAAGACUAGGGGUAGCCAUUGCUGUCGUCCAUUGGUCUCACACAUGGCUUGGGGAGAGAAAACGAGCUUUUGUUCUGACUAGGAUAAUAAAAUU